AUGGAAGCGCCGCAGCCGCAAGGCCUACAGACAUGGAACGAGGGGGCGCGCGAUAGCAACGCGUCUGCGGGCGCGGGAAGCCCGGGCGGGGCAGGGAGCAGCGGUCACGCGCCCAAUGGGGGCUCGCCCGCGCAGCGCCCCGCCUCGCCGCCCCCGCCCGCGGAGGGCGGGAAGGACAUGGCGAUCAGCAACAACCCUCUGUGGCUGGACGCGCUCAACGACCCCCUGGCGGGCCUCAAGACGUUCAGCCCGAUGAUGCACCUGUGCGAUCUCGCCGGCGACGGAGACGUGCGUUUCGUGGUCGCUUCUAUGGACGCCAAACUCCGUGUCUUCCGUGGGACCUCCGUGAUCGGCGAACACCCCAUGGCGGGCAUCCCGACGUGCGUCCACUCCUUCUUCGGCGAGGUCGCGCCCUCGGCGGCCGCAGGUGUUCCCGCGGGCGUGCCUCACGUCGCGGUAGCUAUCGAGGGGUCGCUUUACGUCUACCGGAUGAUGCGGCCGUACUACAAGUUCGUCGUGCCGCUCCCGGAGGUGUCCACGGAGGAGAAGACGCUCUGGGAGAGCCUCGAGAACGGCACGCUGUCCCCGCAACAGGCCGUCAAGACGCUGUCUGAGCUGUCGCAGCGGACGCCGAUCACGCCCAAGUCCGGCGGGCUCCUCCUGCUCGACACCGACGAGGAACUGCUCGCGUACGUCAACCGCAUGCACGGCGUCGCGCUCACGUUCCCGGCCACGACCAUCACCGCCGUCACCGACCUUCAGGUCGCCGCCCCGGCGCCGCGGUCCGACAGCGUGCCCGUGCUCGGCACGGAGGACGGCCGCGUCCUCCUCCUCGAGGGCUCCCAGGCGGACCCGCGCAUCAAGCGCGCCUGGGUCGUCGGCUCGGCGCCCGUGGACGUCCAGUGCUCCGGCGUGCUCGCCGGGGCGUACCGCGUCGUGGUCGCGACGCGCGACUGCCGGCUGUUCCAGCUGAGCGAGGCCGCGUCGCCCCCGAUGCCCACGACGCUCCAGGCGCCGCUCGUCGCGAUGGUCGUUACGCGGGAGCACGUGGUGUGCGCGUGCAUGGACGAGAACGUGUACUGCUACUCGGCCAAGGGGGAGCGGCUGUACUCGAUCAGGAUGCCGUGCCCCGUGCAGGCGAUGUGCGGCGUGAGCGUGCGGGACACCAUGCUGCGGCACCAGGGCUCCGCGCCCGUCGCCAUCGCACUGCAAGACGGGACGCUGCGCGUGUACCACGGCUCGGCGCUGGUGAACGUGCACAACGUGGGCGAGCCGGUCCGCGGGCUGACGUUCGGGCCGUACUCGCGCGAGGCGGCCGCGCUGGUCCUCGUGCGCAAGAGCGGCGCGCUGGAGAUCAAGUUCAUACCGCGGAACAACCCCCUGACGCAGGGCACGGUCGCGUCGCUCGAGGCGCCGCCGCCGCGCCUCGACGUCCCGAAGAAGACCAAGAUGUUCAUCGAGCUCACGCACCGCGAGCGCGAGACCGCCACGGACAUGCACCGCCUGUUCCAGCGCGACCUGUGCAAGCUGCGGCUCUCCGCCGCACAGACCUACUACCGCGUGCUCACCGACGGCAAGGGCCAGGCGUCCUACGCCGCCGGCGCGAGCCUCUGGAUGACGGCGCACGUCAUGGGCCUGGGCCCCCGUUUCAGCGUCGUGCUUGCCGUCAGCAACACAGGGUCGACGCCCGUGACGAACCUGACGCUGCUCGUGCUGUGCAACGAGGAGGUCUACCUCGUGGCGCCCAAGGCGCUGCACGUCCCGAUGCUGCUGCCGUCCGUCGAGCAGAGCUACGAGCUGUCGGUGGAGUGUUUGGAACCUGCCGCGCCGCCGGAGCAGCUGCACGUGCUGGUGUCGCAGGAGGGGUCGUCCGUGCCGCUGCUGUCCGUGGCAGCGAAGAUGCCGGCGUGCGAGGUGCUGGAGCUGGAGUGA